AUGUACAGUGGCCGACAGUCAAUAGCUGUCGAGGGUGCUGCCUUCGUUCAGCCCGAUAUUGCGGCGCGUCGCGUGAUGCGGAGUUGCAGAGUAUCUCCGUGGUUCAUUGGCAAUCUGGCGGUCAUCUUCCGCUCGCGGGGCAAUGACCAAUCACCGCGUACCAAUGCUGAGUCAGCCACCGACAGCUUGUCCCUCUUACGUCGCUGGAGGAGACGUUUCCAUCCCCGCGCCGGGAGCUGUAGAUUCGAGUCAAAUCACUGUUGGAAAGUCUUGCUUGAAGGCAAGGCUUUCGGCUCACAGAUCGCCACAAUUACCUCCGAAAUUCCCGUUCGCGACGCUGCGAAGCUGGGAAAGCGAAGAGCGUCUACCGAGAAAUCCCCAACUCGGCCGGAGAAGAAGAUCAUGACGGACGUCGAGAUGAAGGUUGAUAACCCACAGGAAACUGUGGAGAAGAUUAAGCAGGGGGAGAUCGAUGAGUCUCUCUACAGUCGACAGCUGUAUGUGCUUGGACAUGAGGCUAUGAAGCGCAUGGGUACUUCGAAUGUCCUUGUUGUCGGACUGAAGGGCCUUGGUGUGGAAAUCGCCAAGAACAUUGCUCUUGCCGGUGUGAAAUCUCUCACUCUAUACGAUCCCGCGCCCGUUGCCAUCUCAGACCUUUCCUCCCAGUUCUUCCUUCAACCUCAAGAUGUCGGCAAGCCGCGUGCCGAAGUGACGGCCCCUAAGGUCGCCGAACUCAAUUCAUACGUUCCCGUCACGGUACACGAAGGCGGUAACCUCGUAGAUGACCUGGAGCAGCUGAAACGCUAUCAGGCAGUGGUCCUUACUCUCACGCCUCUGAAAGAUCAACUUGCUAUUGCGGACUUCUGCCACAAGAAUGGCAUCUACCUUACCAUUGCCGACAGUUUCGGUCUUUUCGGUUACCUCUUUAACGAUUUUGGAAAGAACUUCACUAUUGGUGAUGCUACUGGUGAAGAGCCUGUGAGCGGCAUUGUGGCCGGCAUUGAUGAGGAGGGUCUAGUGUCUGCUCUUGAUGAGAGCCGACACGGUUUGGAAGAUGGAGACUAUGUGACAUUCACCGAGGUGAAGGGCAUGGAUGGCCUGAAUAACUCUGACCCUCGCAAGGUCACUGUUAAAGGCCCUUACACGUUCCAUAUUGGUGAUGUCUCUGGUCUUGGGACGUACCAGUCUGGCGGUAUCUUUACACAGGUCAAGAUGCCCAAGUUCGUCGACUAUCAACCCUUGGAGGAACAGCUGAAAAAGCCUGAGCUUAUGAUUUCGGACUUUGCCAAGUUUGACCGGCCGCAACAACUACACAUCGGUGUCCAGGCGCUUCACAAAUUUGCCGAGGGCCAUGAUGGCCAGCUUCCUCGCCCUCACAAUGAGAGUGAUGCCCAGGAGGUCCUCAAGAUCUCUAACGACCUCUCCUCGAGCCAGGAAGAGAAGGUAGAUUUGGAUGAGAAGCUCAUUAAGGAGCUUAGUUACCAAGCACGCGGUGAUCUCAGCCCCUUGGCCGCCUUCUUUGGCGGCGUUGCAGCACAGGAGGUCCUCAAGGCUGUCUCCGGAAAGUUCAGCCCUGUUAAGCAAUGGCUCUACCUAGACUCGCUCGAGUCGCUUCCGGCUUCUACUACCCGGUCUGAAGAGAGUUGCAAACCACUUGGAACCCGGUAUGAUGGUCAGAUUGCUGUCUUUGGUAAAGAGUUCCAGGAUAAGAUCGCCAACACUACCCAGUUCCUUGUUGGUGCAGGUGCAAUUGGAUGUGAAACCCUCAAGAACUGGGCCAUGAUGGGUUUGGGAACUGGCCCUAAGGGCAAAAUCUAUGUUACCGAUAUGGACCAGAUCGAGAAGAGCAACCUCAACCGUCAGUUCCUAUUCCGCAGUAAGGAUGUUGGCAAGCUCAAGAGUGAGUGUGCCUCCGCUGCUGUUCAGGCCAUGAACCCCGAGCUAGAGGGCAAGAUUGUCGCAUUGCGGGACCGUGUCGGACAAGACACUGAGCACAUCUUCAAUGAGGAAUUCUGGGAGGGAUUGGACGGGGUUACCAACGCACUGGACAACGUUGAUGCUAGAACUUACGUUGAUCGUCGUUGUGUCUUCUUCCGUAAGCCUCUCCUCGAGAGUGGCACUCUUGGCACCAAGGGCAAUACCCAAGUUAUCCUUCCACAUAUCACCGAGUCCUACUCCAGCUCCCAGGAUCCCCCUGAAAAGUCCUUCCCCAUGUGCACUCUGAAGAGUUUCCCCAACCGGAUCGAACAUACCAUUGCCUGGGCCAGGGAUCUUUUCCAGACCUAUUUUGUUGGCCCCCCUGAGGCUGUCAACAUGUAUCUGUCACAGCCAAACUACAUUGAGCAGACGCUUAAACAGGCUGGCAAUGAGAAGCAGACCCUGGAGCAACUGCACGAUUUCUUGGUGGCCAAUAAGCCAUUGACUUUUGACGAUUGUAUCGCCUGGCUCGCCAUCAGUUUGAAGCCUUUCUGGUCCGGCCCCAAGCGUGCUCCAACACCUUUGAAGUUCGAUAGCUCGAACCCCACUCACAUCGGGUUCAUCAUCGCCGGAGCGAAUCUCCACGCUUUCAACUAUGGGAUCAAGAGCCCGGGAGCAGACAAGGAAUACUAUCGCAAGGUUGUCGACAAUAUGAUUAUCCCUGAAUUCUCCCCCAAGUCCGGUGUGAAGAUCCAGGCCGAUGAGAACGAGGCCGACCCGAACGCUGGGAAUGGCGGCUCGUCUUUCGAUGACAACGAGGAGAUCCAGCGUCUGGUCGACUCUCUGCCAUCGCCGAAGUCACUUGCUGGAUUCCGCUUGGACCCAGUUGAGUUUGAAAAGGAUGAUGAUACCAACCAUCAUAUUGACUUCAUUACUGCAGCCAGCAACCUCCGUGCCGACAACUACGAAAUUCCCCAGGCUGACCGCCAUAAGACUAAAUUUAUAGCUGGCAAGAUCAUUCCUGCUAUUGCCACGACCACCGCGCUGGUUACUGGACUGGUUGCCCUGGAGUUCUACAAGAUUAUCGACGGCAAGGAUGACAUUGAACAGUAUAAGAACGGCUUUGUGAAUCUUGCACUUCCGUUCUUCGGUUUCAGUGAACCCAUCCCUAGCCCCAAGGGCAAAUACCAGGGCAAGGAGGGUGAAGUGACCAUUGAUCAACUCUGGGAUCGCUUCGAAGUGGACGAUAUUCCUUUGCAGGACUUCCUCAAGCACUUCUCUGACAAAGGUUUGGAAAUCAGCAUGGUCAGCUCAGGAGUGAGCUUGCUGUAUGCCAGUUUCUAUCCCCCUUCGAAGGUGAAGGACCGUCUCCCAUUGACGAUGAGCAAAUUGGUGGAGCAUAUCAGCAAGAAGCCCGUUCCGGAGCAUCAAAAGAACAUCAUCUUUGAAGUCACAGCUGAGGAUACAACGGAGGAGGAUGUCGAGAUCCCUUAUGUGAUGGUGAAGCUGAGGAAAAACUCCGUCAGCCCCGCACAGCUCCUCCCCUCUUCAACGCGCAACAUGUCGACUGGUAAUGCCGAUAAGAUCACCGACUGGGUCAGUCGCAAUGACAAAUCGGGCGAGUUCAAACGCCAGACUUCAGCCUUCCGCAAUUGGAUCUCUAGAGAGCCAGGCGCGGAAUUCCCCCCGGAAAAGGGCCGUUAUCAUCUCUAUGUCUCCUAUGCUUGUCCAUGGGGCGACGCAUCGCACAUUGAUCACCCGGAAGCUCAAGGGUCUGGAAGAUUUUAUCUCCUUCACAUCCGUGCACUGGCACCUGGCGAGAAAGGUUGGCGCUUCGUGACCUCAGACGAGAAACUUCCCGGAGAAAACACCACCCCAGACCCAUUACACUCUGAUGUCACCCACCUCCGGGACAUUUACUUCGCCAACGACCCAGACUACGCAGGCCGAUUCACCGUCCCAGUUCUAUACGACAAAAAGACACAACGUAUCAGUGCCGAGAUAAUCCGCAUGCUCUACUACGAAUUCGACGACCUCCUCCCCUCGAACUCUUCCCAAAAGCUUCUCGACCUCUACCCAACCAAGCUUCGCAGCCAGAUCGACACCUCGAACGAAUGGAUCUACAACGAUGUCAACAACGGCGUCUACAAGUCCGGCUUCGCAACCACCCAAGAAGCCUACCAAAAGAACGUGACGACGCUCUUCUCCUCCCUCGACAAGAUCGAAGAACACCUUCAGAGCAAUGCCUCGCCGUACUUCUUUGGUUCAGCGCUCACUGAAGCGGAUAUCAGGCUUUUUACGACGAUCGUCCGGUUUGACCCCGUGUAUGUGCAGCAUUUCAAGUGCAAUAUCCGUGAUAUCAGGUCCGGGUAUCCUGCUAUUCAUCUCUGGUUGAGGAAUUUGUAUUGGGAUAUUCCGGCGUUCCGGGAGACGACAGAAUUCGAGCAUAUCAAGUUUCACUAUACGAAGAGUCACACGCAGAUUAAUCAAUUUGCGAUUACACCUGUUGGGCCGGUGCCGGAUAUCUUGCCGAAGGAUGAGGAGGUUAGGGCUGUUGCUGCCGUGAAGAAGUAAUGUGGAUAAUGGAAUGAAUUUCUUUCUGCACGAUAUGUCGAUGACUAACUCUUGGAUGGCCGACGAGCUGUAAAUGAAAAUGAUUAUGCUUUUGUUUUAGUAAAAAUAUGUUCUAAUGUCACUGCGGUAAAUGGCAUGGACCGAAA